AUGAUUGGACCCUUAAGAAAUUUAUACGGAGGGGCUUUAGUGUGUCGGAUUCCUCAAGAAUUUGAUGAUCUAAGUGACCUACUCCCAAUUCCAGACCACCAAGAAGUUUUUGUACACCAUAGUAAUAAUGUGACACGGGACAAGUCUACCAACGAUGGCGAGACAUCGGAUUACGUCUUGUCUUUCGAAAUAUUAGAACAAGUGGGAAAGGAAAACGAAGCUCUAGCAAGGUACCUAUUUGACGAUUUGGCAUAUUCUAACGAAGCCACUCACAAAAGAUUCAUGACAUACCAACACUUGAAAACGUCAAGUGAAACAGGUGCUGAGAAUUCGGAAGCUAUUUUGGCCACCGGCAUUAUGGACGUGGCCAAAGGGCUGGGGACGCACCGAGGGCCAGCGAGACGCACGUCUGUUUUUUUAUAUAUAUGGCGUUUGCCAGAGCGCAAGAGCGACAUUUUAGUAUCAUAUCAUUUCCCUUUUGAUGAGACAGGUGUCGAUGGGGACCAACAAUUGUCUCUUUUCAAGGCAAUGGUCAACACACUUACGAUAAGAGAUAUCACAUUGUUUGAGCCUCGCCCUGAAUAA